AUGGCAAGAGAUGAUGUGAUCCAUCGUCGUGGUAGAUUGUGGCCUAAGACGACGCGUAUACACGUCGUCAGAACUCAAAUUCACUACAAAAAACAAGCGGGCCAUUCCCCUCCUCAUUCUGCAUCUCGAUCUCAAGCCCUAGCUCCUCUCCUCCUUCCUCCUCUCCGGCGACGAACUGCCCACCCUUGUCCUCUCCGGCGCCGAGCGACGUCCGACGGAAAGGUCUUCUCCUCCUCCCUUCUCUCCGACGACGAGCGGCCGACCCUUGUGCUCUCCGACGCCGAGCGACGUCCGACGGUAAGCUCCGCUCCUCCUUCCUCCUCUCCGGCAUUUUAUUGCAGGUGGGAAGCGGACGUGGUGGGAGGGAGCGGGCAGGGCGGGGAGGAGGAGGAGCGGCUGCCUGUGGUGUUCACGCCGGAGCAGCAGCAGUACGCGCUGGAGCUGGACCAGAAGGCGGCCUCUCUGAGGCGCUCGAUCCAGGAUCUACGGCUCCGGAUACCUCCCGCACACAUCUCCCAGCGCCUCCCCCACCUCCACGCUCACACCCUCGCCUCCAACGCCGCCCUCGCCCUCCAACUCAACUCCCACUCCACCACCCAAGAACAGGCACAAUUAAGAGCUACCACUCUGCAAGAAGAAAAUGCUGCAUAUGAAAAGGCUAUAUCAAACUGCCAGAAGAAAAUUCAGGAGAAGUUGCAUGAGGCUGACCUACUGCAGAGUAAACUGAGGGAAAUGGACCUAAUCGAGAAGGAUUUAAAGGCUGAGCUGGAAAGGGCACUUGCGGCAAAGGAAAUCGAUCAACCUGAAGCAUUAAAAUUUUCUCGUGCCCCUGACAAUAUAAAAUUUCCAUAUUGCACUAAUUCAUAAUAUGAUAUUGUAAUGUAGGAGUUCAAGAGGUUGUUUAGGGAAGAUGCUAUGGAUUAUGCUACGUGCACAGCUAAUGUCAAGAGGAAACGACCUACUCUAGGAAGUUUGAGAGGUGGAAAAGCUCCAUGGGAUAAAGCUGAAGAUGAUGAGGAUGGAGAAGAUGAUGACGAUGACUAUAUGGGAGGGCCACGAAGGCUCGACUUUCGAAAUCAAAAAGAGCAAUGGCAGCAGGGUUACCAGACAACAACAAUUGUGAUUAUAACUUGUUCAACAUUACUGUACAUUAUAUGAUUAUAGUGAGAGGGAAGGAUUGGUGUGGGAAUUGUUCAAUAGUAGUGACAAAGUAGUUUGAUUAUAUGACAAUUUAAAUAUUUCGAAUGAUUUGAAUGUUUGUGUCAAUGUAAAUGUAAUACAGGUUCAUAUUGU